AUGAAGUAUUUCUGAUUCUGAUUCUGAUAAUCUUUGAAUGAAAGCCAUUUUUGUGAAGUGACCAGCAGGUGUCAUUGAAACCUUGAUGUAAAAAAAAAGUUUUCAGGAGUUUCUUAGAUGAAACUUCAGUUUUGGGCUGACAACUUGACUAUUUUUGGCUUUAAAAACCCACAGAAAUGCCCUUUAAUUUCAAAGUUUUUCUGGUAACUAAUAAAUACUGUAGUUUAUGUUUAGAGAACCAUAUUUCCCCAUAACAUGGGAAAUUCCUUUUUUUUUAGAUGCUUCAACAAAAGUCAGUGCACUCAUUCUUGGAAACAUCUAAACUAGGGGGUUAGAUUCAUUCUUGUUUCCACAUGUUUGAUGUAAACCAUUUAUGACCAUGAGGGCUCAAAAUCAAUUAUAGUUAAAGAAAUUUAAAGAUCUGACAAAGUAAAAAUGUGUGGGUUUUUUUUUUUUUGGUCCUGUGAAGUUCCUGAGUUCAAAUGAAACAGAAGUCUGACGUAAAAUAAGAAUGUCAUACAUCUUUAAAGGAAUACUUUGACUUGUUGUUCUCCCUGAAAGUCGAGUGAAGGACAUGAACGUAAUGCUUUUGCACUCACAGCUUCAGGCUCAGAGCCAGUCGCGCGCACUUGAGAGAUGAUGAACAAUGUUUGCGGGAGCUGAACAUGGGAAAACUCCUCCCCGCAAAGAGGAUCUCCGGGCUGGCGGACUCAGAGAGGGAUCUGUGAGGCUGCGCUGACAAAUCCCACGGAAAACUUCACGGAGGACGAAGUCCAGCCUGAUCUGGAGGAAGUCGGGGUGUCGGUGAUUGGGUGAGAGCGCGCUGGGAACUUAAUCACAUGUGAUUUUACAGAAAUGCUGCAAAGAUGGCGGUGGUAGCAACGGCCGGAGUUGCGAGCGCCGGCUCUGGGGCGCAGAAAAGUGGAUUCGCGGAGGUUCUGGUGCGGGAGAGCUGGCACAAAGUUUUGGUCAACUUGAGCGUGGACGCGCUCACGCUGAGCUGCGAGGACGACGGCGCACAGGACAACUUCAACGGCGUCACAAAUGGAUCUUACCUUGAUAACAGGAACGCCAACUCAAAUAAUGGCCCCCAGGCGGUGCGCACCGCGUUCACGGACCUCCCGGAGCGAGUGCCAGAAGCGAUCGCCAACAAGAAGCGGUGCGUCAAGGUGACCAAGCAGGAAGUCGGGGGACUCGGGAUCAGCAUUAAAGGAGGGAAAGAGAACAAAAUGCCUAUUCUCAUUAGUAAGAUCUUCAAGGGGCUUGCAGCAGACCAGACUCAGUCUCUGUAUGUCGGGGACGCCAUCCUCACCGUGAACGGCAUGAACCUGCGGGACGCGACCCACGACGAGGCUGUGCAGGCGCUAAAACGAGCGGGGAAGGAGGUGACUCUGGAAGUCAAAUAUAUGCGUGAGGCCACACCGUAUGUCAAAAGGGGUUCUCCUGUGUCAGAGAUCAACUGGGAAACUCCGCCCCCUGAAUCCCCCCGUCCUAGCAGCCCUCACAUCAGCCCCUCCCCUGACCUUCCCAGUCCUUCUACCCCGCCUGCACCACCCCUGAAUGGUGACAGGAGGUGCAUACCCCUGAAGAUGUGUUAUGUAACACGAGGAAUGACCACACCAGAUCCUGAGAACAGACAACUGGAGCUGCAUUCUCCUGAUGCCAGGCACACCGUGGUGCUGCGGUGCCCAGACCAACCAUCUGCCCUGUCCUGGUUUGCUGCCAUACACUCUGUCCUCUCAACGCUGACGCAGAGGGUUCUAGCAGAGGUCAUCCAAAACACAUCCAGGACCGGGAUCGCUGGCAGCAAAGAGAUACGGCACCUGGGCUGGCUGGCAGGGAAGACGGAGAGCGAGAAGCAGUGCUGGAAGCCCGUUUUUGUGGUGAUGACAGAGAAGGACCUGUUACUGUACGACUGUUUGCCACGAGGCAAAGAGGCCUGGCAGAACCCUGCACACAUUUUUCCACUUUUAGCAACACGGCUGGUCCAGUCGGGUCCUGAUCGGGGAUCGCCUCGCUCUGGUACAGAGCUGUGCUUCGCCACUCGGACUGGCACCAGACUCGGCAUUGAAACUCAUAUUUUCCGAGCUGAAACCACUAAGGAUCUGUCCAUGUGGACCAGACAGAUAGUCAACGCAUGUCAUGCUUCAGCCGAGAUGAUUAAAGAAGUCACAACAAGUUGCCUGUAUCAAGGUCAAGAGUGCCGUCUUGUGAUUCACUAUGAGAAGGGUUUCUCAGUGCUUGCCGACCCAAAAGCAGUAGAUGGGGAGGACAGUCCGAGGAAAGCCCUUAACGCUUCUGUCAACCCUCAAGUUCUUCUUUCUUAUUCCUUUGAAAAACUCAAGAUGUCCUCGGACGAUGGAAUUCGGAUACUUUUUCUGGAUUUUGGAGGAAAGGAGGGGGAGAUUCUGGACCUGCACUCGUGUCCAAAGCCGAUCGUCUUCAUCCUUCACUCCUUCCUCUCUGCCAAGAUCUCCCGUCUGGGUUUAGUGGCCUGAAUGCCUCACUAAAGACUUUUCACCCCAUUCAUCACCUCCAGAAAGCUGCCUCUUCAUCUUUCUGAAGCCUGCAUGUAGUACACAACUUCAGACUCCCUCAGCUGGAAACCCAAAAUUAUUGAAUGUAGCCUCUCUUUGGGAUUUCAGCUUUGCUGGGUGGAGAACUGAAAGAGCUCUCACACUGGGACUGGACAGACUUUUGAGGAGGGUUUUCUAGCUAAAUGACUUCUUUAAAGGCUGCUGGAUUUUAUACAUCCAGCAAAGAACCACAGUGGGAUGCAUGGACUGGUCUGGAUCCAGAGUAAUGAUGUAUUAGCUGAGCACAUACAUCAUUGACGGGGCAGAUUGGGCAUUGCUGUCACGCCCAGCGUGGGCAGGACUGGCCACAUGUAGCAGGUUUGCAGAUGGAUUCACAUUUAAUUCAAUCAAAAUGUAAUUGCAGCCUGCCCACCAUUUACCAAAUUGUCUAAUUUAUUUGCCAUUAGCUCUGAGAGAACGUUGUUAAUUUCACUUGUCAUUUCUUUUCUUCAAGCACUUGACACACUGUGGAAAAAUGGUGUGUUUGUCUUUAUUAGAGGCUCUGAGAGGCCUUGUGAACAGUGUCAGCAUUUAUCAUUCCAACAUGGGGAGAGCUGCAUUUUCCAGCAGUGUGCAACUCUUUUAACAGGUUGCACAUUAUGACUCAAGUCUUUCAACUUUGAGUUGACAAGGAAGGAUUUGACAGCUGUGCGGUUUGACACAUGUCCUUGAAUGAAAUAUACCCGAGGUGUUCAGAAUAAUCAAAAGUAAUCUAAUAUGCAUAUAAAAAGUGGUUCUACCAAAAAAGGUAAAAGGUUUAGCGAGCACCUUUCUUCUCCAGAACACUGUUCUGCUGAAGGAGCUGUUACUUUAGUGUCAUGACAUGACUCCUCCGGACUUGCAGCUUAAACUGAAUGCCUUUUGUACAUCAGUUAAUUAAAAAUAGAAGAUUAAAGACUGGAUGGUAAAUCCCUCUGUGUUUCUUCACCCAGAAACUAAACAAACUAUGCAGACUAGUAGGGUAGCAACAUGUCAAUCAAAUUUGAAAUGUUUUGUUUUAUUGUAAAUGAAAUGAAAGACUGAAAAGAUCAUCCGAUCAUCUUUCCAUCUAUUGUAAAAGCGUUCCCAGUGGCAUAUUAAUUACGAUUAUAGAGUUCUUAGCCAAAAUAAAAAAAAAACUGUGACGUUUUCUAGGACAUAGUUUCUGCAGAGCGGCAGUAGUUCAUCAGAAAUUUGCCUCCGAGUUGUUCAGUGCAGCCCUCUGGUUACAUUCUUUCCUGCUAGUUUACAGCCCCUUACACCUCCAACCUAACAUUAUCACUUCAAUAAAAAUGGCAGCAAUAUCGGAGCUGUCCAACCGGACAGUUUUGAGCUCAGAUGAGAAAAAUAAAGAUGUUGACGUCUAGAAGUGGAAGCAUUGUGGCCCACCCAGCAUAUAUUUACCGCAGAAAUAUAAUAUUUUCCAAACAGCAUUUUUUUUCGCCUGCUUCUGAUUCACAACGAUUUAGAUUAUUUUAAGAUUAAUUUUCUUUCAUCCACAAGAACAUGUUAAAAACACCACAAACACCGAUUUCAUCAGAGUAGGUCUUAACAAACAAUUUAAGUUUCAAGUAUAAAGUCUUAAAACCACUGUAGUUUCAUUUCAAACAUCAUUAAGGUCAUUGUAAUUGAUAAUAUUCAUCUUCAGCAAUUACAGCUGAAUUUGCUUUUAUAUAUCAAAUCAAAUCAACCUUUAUUUAUAUAGCACUUUUUCAACAACAUAUGUCACUCAAAGUGCUGUGCACAAAAAACAAUAAAAUUUAAAUAUAAAAUAUAGAAAUAAUGAUUUAUAAAAGUCUACCCAAUUGUAAAUAGUAAUAGAAGAAACGAUUAGAAAUUAUAAAAAAUUAAGUAAAGAUAUGCUAUUUCUAACUAUUUCUAGUUUUUAAUCUGGUUUGAACAGACAAUACCUUCUGGAGGUGUGACCCAUGAAAAGGUUUAGAAAAAAUGACACAAAGCUUGUAAAUUUACAUACGUGACGCAAAUGCGGCUGUUUAGUUCUUUCUCGUUCCCUUUUCAAACUCUCAGAAAAAAGUUGGAAGCGUUUUCCCCAAAAAUGCUAAAAUAUUCAUCUGGGGGGGGGGUUGAUGAAUCAACAUCAGUCAUGAUCUGCCCCAUCAACAAAAAAAUUCUAAGUCGUUUAGUCUAUUUUUAGUGUUACAAAUCAAUCUAACAAUUUGUUACGUUUCAGUUUGUGAUUAUUAUUUUUUUCCGUGGAGAAAAGAAAUGUAAAAAUAGUUCUAACUGAUGUGACCACUGAACAGAUUACGUGCCUUUCGAUUACUAAAAUAAAGACAAUAAUACUACAAUUUUAUUUUUUUUUCAAAUGAGGAUGCAGAGAUGAUAGGAGUGAUGCUGGAUUAUCUCACGUUACAUGUGUUUCUUUUUCUCCCUUUUUCCACACACUUUAUGAUUGUUUGCAAUGUGAUCAUAUUCAGAUGUAGAGAUGUAUGAUUGUUGAUUCUUACAGAUAGUGGAGACACUGUAACACAAAUCCAUCACUUACUGAUACUGUCAUGGGAAGAGGAGCUUGUUGAAGACGCAGCUGCUUUGAUUUGUCACAUACUCUGAUGCCUUUGGCAGCUACUUUACUGUAACUCAGAAUGAUAAAAGCUAGUUUUUAAUUCAAACCGUGCACAUAAAUCGUAUAUUUAACAGCAA